CAGUCAGACAGACACAGAAGAACAAGACUUGGGUCGUCUCAGCUACAAGGUGGUCUCGUUAAGUCAACUCAAGUCAAGGCCUUUGACUGAAGUUAUCGUACACAGAUUGAGGACUAUUGAGCUUUGAGGGAACUUCAGCGUGACGUUGAGGGCCAUGGAUGUGUUAUCAAGGGCUGUGAUGUGUUUCUGCUUGAUGGGCUGGAUGACUUUAGGAUGGAGUCAUGCUGCUCAGUACACAUCAAUUAACAUGAAGAGCAACGUAGACAAACUGAAAGUCCACUAUAAGAUCUCCAAGAACCAGCUGUUCAACGGAAACCCUGUUUUCCCCAAGGACACGUUUGAGGACAGUGAGCGGAGGGUGUUGAUGAGUGUGGUUCUGGACGUGUAUCUGAGUAUCUUCAGCCAGAUGCUGAACCAGACGGAGGACCAGGAAAUGAUUGAGAGUCUGAAAUAUGUCAAGGGGAAAAUUCAGGAUCUCCAGAACCACUAUUUCCUGGGGAGGAUACCUGAGCUGAGGACACACCUGCAGAACCUGUGGGCCAUCGAGACCAGUGACACCACAGUCCAGGGGAAGGCUCUGUCCGAGUUCAUUACCAUCUACGAGAAAGCCUCCAAACUGGCCCUGAAGUUCCAUCUAAAGAAGGACAACCGCAGGAAGAGACGGCAAGCCCAGAGGCUCAAAUCACACAUCAUGUAGAUGACCAAUCGUGUCUACUGUGAAGGCUAGCUGUAGGGUGAAGAUACACCUGGAAGCUGACCUUGGGUCAGUUUAGCAUUUCCCCCUCUAACAGUGAAGGUUAGGAUUGGGGGAGGGAGCUGAUCCUAGAUCUGUACCUAGAGGAACCCCCCCCCCCCCCCCGAGCCACAAAACUCUAUUUAUAUUGUUAAGUUAUUUAAUCUAUUUUUAAUUUAUUUAAUUUAUUAUUAAGUUAUUUAAUCUAUUUAAGUUAUUUAUCAUUGUCAAAAGAGUAUUUAUUUUUCAUGAAUCAAAAGGAAUCUAUUUUGUUAAUUAAUAUUUAUUAUUUCUUAUAUAAAAAAUGCUUUUCUCUUGGAAUAUAAAGAGUUGUUUCUUGCAGUUGACGCAAGAUCUGUAAGUUCUACAAGAGAAUAAACUGACAUUAA